AUGACAAGUAAAAUUGUAUCAGUUAAUCCAUUAAUUAAACCAGUUGAAAACUGUUUUGAAGAGAUGAAAGUUCAAUUAUCACUUCAAUUACCACCAAUGGAUACACAAAGUCUUUGUAGUGGUACAAAAUCAAUGUUAGAUCGUUUAGUAUUUAAAUAUAAAACUGAAUUAGGUGGUAUCAUCAUUUCAUAUUAUGAUGUAAUUCACACUGAUAAAGAAGCAAAAAUAUUUUAUGAUUCACCGUAUCUUGGUAUGAAUAUUCAUGUUAAAUUUUUAGUUUUCAAACCAUUUAAAGAUCAAAUUUUAAAUGGUGUCGUUAAAAGAGUUUCAACAACACAUAUUUCUUUAUUAGUAUUUGGUACAAUUUCAGCAUCAAUUCCAAAAUCAAAUAUUCCAAAAUCAUUUGCAUUUGAUCAUAGUUCAAAUAUGUUUAUGAAUAAACAAACAAAAGCAACCAUCUCUGUUGGUACUAAAAUUGCAUUCAAAGUUAUUGAUGUAAGCGCAGAUAGACAUAAUAUUGGAAUUCAAGGUGAUAUGACAGAUUUAACAUCAACUGGUAUAAUAGGAUUUGAUGAGAAUCAAUCAUUACAAUUUGGAUCACAAUAUGAAACACCAAAUAAAAAUGUAAAGAAUAAUAAAUAUAAUAAUAAUAAUAAUAAUAAUAAUAAUGGAAAUAAUAAUACUACUUUAAUAAAUACUGAAAAUAAUAAUAAUAUAACUAAAUUUGAUGACGACUCAGAAAAAGAAUCUGAAGAAGAACCAAAGCCAAUUAUCAUAAAAGAAGAACCAAAAAUAGUUUCAGUUAAAGUUGAAUCCAAAAAGGUCGUCGUUAAAGAAGAAGAACAAAAAUCAUCAAAGAAAGAUAAAGAUAUUAAAAAAGAAAAAGAAUCUAAAAAGAGAAAGAAAGAUUCCAGUGAUGAAAGUGACGAAAGUGAAGAAGAUAAAAAGAAAAAAUCAACUAAAAAAGAAAAAGAAUCAUCUUCAAAAAAGUCAAGUAAAAAAGUAAAAGUUGAAUCAUCAUCAGAAUCAAGUGAAGAUGAAAAAGAAAAAAAGAAAAAGAAAAAGAAAUAA